AUGGGCAAGAGAAAGGUCGGCGCGCUCGACAAGCUGGAUGCAGACCUGGCCAGUCUCCAGUUCAAAGUUCGGUCGGAUCCCAAGAGUUACCAAGACGAGUUCGAUCGUCAAUACACGGCCUACCUCGCAACGAAAGAAGUCUUCCUCGACAGUCCCGCGACUGCCACAAGGGAUGUGGCGCAGGACUUUCAUGACAAGGUCGACUUCAUUGCCCACGUCGCAGAAUGCUUCAAGGCCGAGACGAAGAGUUUUCCAGACGACCUCAAGGAAGUGCUGACGGAGCACCAUGCCGUUCUUGACCCGCAUGUGCGCGAGAAACUUGUGGGAAGCCUGGUCCUGCUCAGGCGAAAAGAGAUCAUCUCGUCCGAAUACCUGCUCACCACUCUAUUUCCGAUCCUUGUCUCGACACCCAGCAAGAGCCUCCGAGCCCUGUUGUACCAGAAGAUUGUCAGCGACCUGCGCAACUCAAACUCGAAGGCCACCAACCAUCCUCUCAACCGGACGAUACAAAAUGUCCUCUCCAUCCUCAUCACGUCCGACAGGACCUCGUCCAAGGGUAUCUGGGCGGUCCGGCUGACGCGAGAGAUGUGGCGUCGGCAGAUCUGGACAGACGCGAAACCGGUCGAGGUCAUGAAGGAGGCAUGUCUCGCCGACAGCGAGAAAGUUAUUGUAGGCGGCACGAGAUUUUUCCUGGGGGGAGACAAGGAGAGGGAGGAGAUGGAGGAUGACAGCAGUGACGAGGAGGCUAUCGAUCUCAAGAAGAUGCAGCACCAGCAAGGCAUCAACAAGAAGACCAAGAAGAAGGCAAAACAGUACAAGGACGCUGUGAACAAGGUCAAGAAGCAGGAGCGCAAGAAGAACCAGCCACAUCCCUUGAACUUCUCCGCGCUGCAUCUCUUGCACGACCCGCAGGGAUUCGCCGAGCAGCUGUUCCAGAAGCACUUGGCAAAUACCAAGUCGAAGCUGGCGCUGGAAAACAAACUUCUCGUCUUGCAACUAGUCACCCGGUUGGUUGGUCUGCACAGGCUUACCGUCAUUUCACUCUACUCCUGGUUCAUCAAGUUCCUCACGCCGAGACAGCAAUCCGUCACUUCAUUCCUCGCAUCGCUGGCACAGGCAACGCACAGUCUCGUGCCGCCGGACGCAAUUGAGCCGCUGAUCAUGAAAAUCGCCAAUGAGUUUGUUUCGGAAGCGGCGGCAGCAGAGGUUGCCGCAGCAGGUCUGAAUGCCAUCCGCGAGAUCUGCGUCCGGCAGCCGCUUGCCAUGACCGAGACCUUGCUGCAAGAUCUGGUGCAGUACAGGAAGAGCAAGGACAAGGGUGUCAUGAUGGCUGCAAAGGGACUCUUGUCUCUGUACAGAGAGGUCGGUGCGGAGAUGCUGAAGAAGAGGGAUCGCGGCAAGGAGGCAGUAAUGGGUCUGCGCAGCGGAGACUUGACACAGCGCAAGUUCGGCGAACAGGAUGCGGGUGGCAUUGAAGGGCUUGAGCUGCUAGAGAAGUGGAAAGAGGAAGAGAAGAAGAAGAAGCGCGCCGAAAAGGGACUGCCAGAAGAAGCUGGCAGCGAUGAGAAUCCCGAGGAGGGAGACGAUGAUGGCUUCAAUUCUGAGGACUGGGAUGUCGAGUCGAUAGACAGCAGCGACUCUGGCGGCUGGAUCGCGGUGUCGAGUGAAUCGGAAGAUGAAGAAGAACCUGCUGCCAAGCGACAACGAAAGGGCUCCUCUUCUGAGGCCCCAGAGCUGGUCGACACUAGCAAGGAGAACACCGCCGAAGAUGAGCUCCAGCGCAUGUCGAAACUGGCAACGACUACGAUCCUCACACCAGCAGAUCUCGCCAAGCUACAGGAGCUGCGACUCCAGGCCAACGUCGACAAAGCCAUGGGCGGCAACCGGUCUAAACACGCGCAAGAGCUCGCAGCACGGCACGCCGACGAUCCCCUGACGGCCGAGCAGAUUGAGCUGCCGGCCAAGCUGCGCAAGACGACCAAGGAGGAGAGGCUGGCUAUGGCGAAGGAGGGUAAGCCAGACCGGGAGGAGCACAAGUCGACGCAGGCCAUAAGAAAGGCCAAGAAGGAGGCCGAGGGCAAGUCGACGUCGAACAAGGAGAAGGCGCGCAAGAAGAACUUCCUGAUGACGAUCGGCAAGGCCAAGAUGAAGCAGAAGCGGAGUCUUGUUCAGACGAAGAAGGUUCUGCAGGCGCAUAUAAGCAGGAGCAAGAAGGGCGGAAGAAGUGGUAACUUUUAGAUGGCAUGCACCAAGAUGAUGAUAGACAAGCAUUACCCGCUGAAUCAGACCCUGAUUCAUGAAAUCGAGGCCCCCUUCACAAUGUGACUGGCCUCUUCCUCAUCUC